AGGCGAUCUGAUUGGCUGUCGCUUCCAGCAAGCCAGACGACGUUCGGCCGUGGUACUCGCUAUUUGGUAGCAAGCGAGCACAUAUCACGACUGGUAGUGUUUAUAUGAACUAGGUCAGUAUUUCUACGUAAAAGCGACAAGUGAGGUUAUUAGCAAGCCAGCACUCGUAUUCGCGAUACUCCAUUUUUGACACCUAUAAGGAUUUCUUUUGACUGAAUAACAAGUGGCAGAUUUACUUUUUGAAAUAAUCUGACAUAGGAGACCGUAAACUUUACCCCCGAACGGUCUCAGAAAUGUCCGCUGUUUCCUCCGCACAGAAAAAGGACGACAAGGGAAUACUAGUGCUGUCGUCGACAGCAGACGUGCGCGAGCCCCGUCCUGACCAGGUGGCGUCACCUGGACAACGGGGUGCGCGCGAGCAGCCGCAGACGGUGUUCGUCAUCGUGGACUCGACCGCGGACGCGGUGAACCUGCUCAGCGUGGAGCCUGUUCUGCCCGAGUCGGGUAUAGUUGCCGAUAUUGACGUGGAGAACAUCCUCUCUGACACGGACACGUUCUACCAACUCAAGAGCCAGCCCAUCACCCUCAGCCCUUCCGUGACCCCUGCCACCCCGUUCGCCCUGUCUGCCCCAGCCAUGACGUCACGUGUGCUGCUGCGGCAGCAGCUGAUGCGGGAGCAGGCCCGGGACCAGGAGAGGCGUGAGGCUCAGCAGCAGGCUUCUACGGCUCAGCUGCGGCCAACUGACUCCUCUCCUGCCAUCUCCGUGUCCGUACCUCCUUCCGCUGUCCGUCCAGCUGCAGCGCAGGUGCCGGUGGAGGUGCUAAGGGUGCAGAGCCAUCUCGAGAAUCCCACGAAGUACCACAUCCAGCAGGCGCAAAGGCAACAGGUGAAGCAGUACCUCUCUACGACCCACGGGACAAAGGUGGCCAAUCAGACGCUCGGGGUCACCCCUUCGCCGCAGUCUGCAUCAGCCCCAGAACUGGCUCCUGCGGCCGGCAGCACCCCCAGCAGCCCCAUGGCUCUGCUCAACCUGGGCUCCAACAAAGAGGAAAUUGAUGUCAUUGAUGAUAUCAUCAGCAUGGAAUCAAGUUUCAAUGAUGACAUCAUGACUUUUAUUGACUCGGGCCUACAGCCCAGCACGCUGCCGGUGUCGGGUAACGUUCUGGAUGUGUACAGCACCACGGGGAUGGCGGCUCCCUCCGUCACCGUCAGCAGCUCCUGCCCAGCGGACCUGACCAACGUCAAGAAGGAGCUGACUGAGUCAGAAGCCAAGGCACUGAUGAAGGAGCGACAGAAGAAGGACAACCACAACCUGAUCGAGAGGAGGAGGAGGUUUAACAUCAAUGACCGCAUCAAGGAGCUAGGAGAGCUCAUUCCGAAGUCCAGUGACCCGGAGAUGCGUUGGAACAAGGGCACCAUCCUGAAGGCAUCGGUGGACUACAUUCGCAAGUUGCAGAAGGAGCAGCAGAAGGCCAAGGAGAUGGAGAUGCGCCAGAAGAAGCUGGAACAUGCCAAUCGCAGUCUGCUGCUCCGUGUCCAGGAACUGGAGACGCAGGCUCGGCUCCAUGGCCUCUGCACCGCUGCCUCCACCACGUCAGCCCCUGAGUCAGAUCGCCUCUCGCAGCAGCAGCAGCAGCAGCAGCAGCAGCAGCAGCAGCAGCAGCAUCAGUUGGCUGGCCAGUCCCUCGGGUCAGGUUCUUCUGAUGUCCUCGCCCACAGCCUGCUCAACAUGGCUGGGCCAGGGAUAGGAGGAGGCCCGGUUUCUGUUCACGCCACCUCCCCUUCGUUCCUGUCUCUGGCCACUUCCGCUUCCCCAGUGGGUGUGCCCAUAAGCAGCCCUCUUGACCUGGGUUCUUUGACCUUUGCUGAGCUGGACAACCCCACCUCUAAUACUUUUGACCCCUCCUUGAUGUCAGACAUGGGUCUGGGGGAUAUCCUAAUGGAUGACGGGUGUGCCCUUUCCCCCGUAGGGGGCGCUGACCCCCUUCUGUCCUCCGUGUCCCCUGGUGCCUCCAAGGCCAGCAGCCGCCGGAGCAGCGUCAGCAUGGAAGAGGAUUUGUGACAAGGGUAUGGCCUCCAGGUUCUAGACUGACAGGACAGACUCCAGCAAGGAGCCACAACAAGCCUUCUGCUUUCCAGCUCUGUGAAUAGGGUUAGCUCAAAUCCCGGAGAGCGAGGAACGCCCCCUUGCACCAUCCCUCACCACCCCUCAUCAGGGUCGUGCCCGGUGGCCAGCUUCCCUGCUCUGUAUUGAAGGAGAUGUCAGUCUCCCAAGUCCAGCAGAAAAGAAUUGGCUGUGAAGGCAGCUAACCUCAACCAAAGGCUUUUAUCGUGGAAAAAGUUGCAGCAAUAAAAAUGAGAGCUGAACCUGGUGUGAAAUGCAGAAAUUGUUGUGGCUCCUGUGGACUUCUACCAAUAUUUUAGCUACCAGGAGCAACAAGAAAUAUCCAGCUGUAUUAUACACGAGCAGAUGUGUGUUUUAGAUGCGUAUCUACACUUCAUGUUUGUUUCUUGGUUUGUACUUUAGAAAGUGUUUCCUGUUGGGAUAUAGUGAAAAGCACUGUAACUCUGGGGGAAGAGAACUUUUCAAGUAUUCGUGUUUUCCCUUUGUUUCAGUGAAACAAAGACAUACGAAAGAAGGUAUGUGAUUCAGUUGCCAGAAACUUUAGUGUUUUUUUUUUUUUUUUUUUUUUUAUUACCGACUUUAGAUUUUUCAUGGAAGUAUAUUUGUGCGUUAAUGUCAAAUCUCAUCUACAGGAUUAUAGCUUGUUGACUUGCAAAAGGGAUACCGGGUUUUUAACAGUAGGGUUUUCAGCCUAGCACUGUAUGGCCUCGGAAAGCAGUUGCCAUCCUGCUCUGAUGUCCUUGGGACAAAAAAAAAUACACGCAAGAUAUGGACUAAACAGUUCUGUUCAUUAUUGGGUUUUAGGGAAGACCAGCUGCCUGCGGUCAAUAUGUAGCGCUGACCUUUUAACAAAAUUGUCCUGUCGCAGUCUGCUGUCCUCUGUGACGGAUAUGUUGAGACUGACUUGUGUGUCUAGUGAAUGUACAGAUGUAAUGUACAGGCAUGAGCGCUCCUAUGACAGCGACAUGACAGACACGUUUGUGCUAAACUGACAGUGACUGACAGUUUGAGGAAAACGCGAUGGGGGUGGAGGGAGUUGAGAUCAGACAUGCUGCCAACCAGACCCCUUGGGCUCUUUCGACUGUCGUACCUGCCGCUUACCUCUAGCUGCUGAGUUCCAGGCAAACUAAUGUCUUGACUCCCAGUAACUGCUUCACUCCAGGGAGAUAGUAAUGGUUAGCGCUGCUGCUCACCCGCACGCCGACAUCAAACUGACGGUUCGCAGAACCCACCGGAAACGCACCCGCUUAACUAUCGGGUCCCUUUUUAUGAUACCCAAGAAAUACGCGAGUAAAACGUCUCCAAGGAAUUACUUGAUUUAGUAAUAAAUCGCUCGUCAUCUUCACUGUGUUCAUUUUUCCCCAAAACAAAAUAUGCAUUUAAUUGUGCAAGACCAUAAGCAAUAAGCAAAAUGUCCACUCACUGUGAGAGAGCAGUGAUUUUUUUUUUUUUUUUUUUUUUUCUUCCCCUUUUUCUUUCCCCUCUCCCCUGCACCCAAACUGCAAGGGUGUAAAGAACUUGUUCAUGAUGGUGUGAUUUGUGAAGGGUUACCCUUCACAAUAUGCAGACCUGAAACCUAUACAAAACUGACUUUUUUUUUCUUUUUGCAGAUCAUGUUAAUUAUCAUUGUACAUGUUUACAGCAUAAAAAGACAGUAGUAAUUGGGCUCACUGUGGAAUAUCUGCUCUGUGUGCAUGUGUGCAAACACCCGUUGACGAUGGACACGACCGUCUAGCUCCGUCCCUUCUGCCUGCGGUGCAAAGGACGGUCUUCCCCUCGUGCUGCUUCGGAGGACAACCCCUCCGAAUUGACUUUGGGGUUUCCGCCUGUCUUUGACUGGAUUUGCAGAUGUGGAGGCAUUCACACCUUGUCUGCACGCCUGGCGUUUCUGUCCGUUCCGGUUCCCCCGGUCACGCGGGAGCCGUAGCCGCGUCUCGUUUAAAGCGAGCGGCAGGAGAGCAGCAACGUACAAUUGCACCCCAGAAAAGAAUGGAAUAGAUGGAUCCGUCUCCUUCAGAACAACUGACCACCCUUGUUCUUACGGUCCAAACGUUACUUCGUUCCGUGGACCUCGCUUCUUCGGCGGAUAUACCCGUCUCCGCAGCGGAAACUGUUCCGGCGCUAGUUGCUCGUCAACUUCUGUUCCAUUAUAACGUGUUAUGUGUAAAAUAUUUACGUGCGCACACCUCCUGGUGGCUGGUGUCACUCUUUGUAAGUUCUUCCAUCCAGUAAACAUCCCGCAGUGGGUGUUGUACGUGGACGCGAAGCGUAGUUGCUCUUGCUCGCAUCACAACUCCAGCAUCCGAGCUCUUACUGCAGGGAAAAUUAUUACGCUUCUCUCCGAAUUCAGUGCCAUCCCGUCUCAUGUAGCAGAACUAAGAAAGAGGGACGUGUCCCGGUUUUUACACACUGUGGUUUUUCUUUUAUUUCACUUCUCGUCACUUCUGCAUUUGACAUUUUCAAAGAGUUAUACAGGUUUCUUGCAUUUCUGUGUUACAGCUUAUAAGUCUUAACCGGUUCAUAUAUUUUGACACUUACGCAUGAAGCCAUCUUCAACCGUACUGCUAGGGCACAAAGGUAAAAUACUAUGUAAAAAGAUGUUUUAUAAAAAUAUACAAAGUGAUUUAUCCAUAUGCAAUGCAUUUGCAUCUGUGUGUAUGUAUAUAUGUAUGUAAUAUAUACAUCCGCACACACCUGUAUGUAUGGCGUUCGGAAAGAAAUAUUCCUACACGUGGUAUAUUUUAAAGAGAGUAUGUAUACUUGUCUAGUAUGUAAUAGUAAAAUACAUAAUAGAUUUUCUUGUAAUGCUUCUGAAAUGAGAUAUUUGCUGUUCUUGUAUAACUUUUUUUACGAUUGUCUUAGUUCUUCUGACUUGUUGUAUAUUUGACUGUCGGUCAGGUGCAGCGUAUGUUGACAGCCCCUGUGAGGGAACUCCUAGCAAGUGGGAAGUGUGUGUACUGAUCAGGGAAGAGCGCCUUGACUCUCUCUGUGCGUGUGUGUGUGUGCGUGCGCGCUCCUAGUCGACGUGCCGUCAGUAGUCAACUGCCACUGCGAUGUCAUUGCCUGUUGUGUGAAAGAUUGUCACGGGGACCACGUGUUUCGUACGCUUCGUGAACUAGGGAUUCGGAAAAUGGUCACGGCUGUCGGUUUAUUCAAAGAAGUUCUUUGACAUCUAACAUCUGACAUCUAGAGCAGAUGAUGUUCCCUUUUUCCACUUUUGAGCGUAGAGACAACGCGGUAAACGGAACCGUGCCUGGACAGCCAAUGUGCGACUAACGGGCGUGCUCGCCCUACGCCCCUUCCCUCAAUUAAGCCACUGCACGUAAAGAGAUGGUGUCGUGCAGCGUGACCGUUUCCCUGAAAUCGUGUUCCUCGAAGCUUUCUCGCGCCGGAAGCGGUUCCCUGGCCAGACGUUAGCGACCGUGCGCGGCGGCGAGCUCCCCGGUGCCGUGUGGCGUAAGUCGGGUCGUGACCGCGUCGCCCUGUCCCGUCCCGUUCCCUCGAGAGUGGGCCAAAUAUCUGUACCGCGGUACUGGUUCGGGCAUCUUUCGCCAUCUGAGUGGCAGCUUCUUCCAUCUUAUUUUUGUCCAGCAACAACGCGGAAAAGGCGAUGUGCGUGUGUGUGUGUGUGUGUGUGUGUGUGUGUGUUCUGUAUAACAUUUGUGUUUAGGCACAAGCUUUGACAAAUGAGUGCUUUUAAUCCGCAGCACGUCUUGUAAGAUGCAGCAAUCAUUGAGCCUUAUUUCUGUUUCGUGUCCGAUGUAACGUUCUCCGAUUAUGUCAUUUUUUUUCUGCAUAAUCCGGUGUGGCAGACUUGCUCACGGAUUGUGCAAGAAGCCUAUUUCCGUCGAUGAAAUACACAUCCGAUGCAGUCCAUGUAUACGCGAGGGAAUAGAAAGGCAACGGGUAAUAAUGAUUUCCGGUGCCGAAUUUUGCAAUUGAAAUCUGUACUGUAAAAAGUCCAGUCACCAGUCUUGGAUUAAAGGGAUUUCUGAUGCAGUUUUUAUAUUAUUCUUCCCUUCCGCUGUGCUGUUUUACGUCGCGUCGGGCCCCUUUUUCCAUGACCCGUGAUUCCCUUUUCUGAUCACACAACCAUAGAAAAUCUUGUUUACUUAAG